GUUAGCUAGCAGCUGGCUUAGCUUAUAUUUCGUAGCAAAAUUUAGGUAAGGACGCGAGGAAAAAACGUUCUUAGGUGUACAAAGUGUUAAGUAUAUUGAUGAGCACACGUAUUUGUAGCCGUAUAUAUAACAGAUAUGUAGCAAAGUGAAAAUAAUCUUCUGUGAAACUCACCUCUCGCUUCUCGUGACGUGUACACAAGCUAAAGUUUGGAAAGCGGUUGCUUAGCAACAAAGAGCGUGCGAUCGAUGUGUUGAGUAUACGUCAUAGACUAUAAAGUAUCUAUGCGCGCGACAUCUAGAUAUAUUUUAGAUUUUCCUUUUUUUUCUUACAAACAAACGUGCCAGAGUAAUUUAAAAUGUAUAAUUAUCACCAAAAAAAUUUUAUUUUAUGUAGCAUAACUAGUUUCUAAGGUGACUGUUGUGAAGUAUUCAGUAAAAACUAAGGUCAGCUCCAAUCUAAAGACGCUUUUUAUGCAUUUUAUUUAUAUUAUGCAGUUUAAUGCAUAGUUAACUAAAUCUAAAAAUGUAUUAUCAUAUUUAUUGGUUUGUGUGUCAACGGGAUGUAAGUAAAAAUUAUAAUAAAAAAUAAACAACAUUAAUUAAUUAACAUUGGAUAUUCAAUCUAAUGAUAAUUUAUAGAAAUCUUAGGUGACUGAAGGUUGAGCAGUGUUCAAGGAAAUGAAUCCCACUUGUUCAGUUCUUACUGAAACUUAGAGAAAUCUCACCUAACCAGAUGACGACGUGUUCGGGGAAAAACAUUUGUCGCUGCGACAAGGAAGUGGAUUUUCCAUCGGUGUCUCAGAUGUGCAGAAAUAUUGAAAAUGGCUGAAACUAAAGAAGUGUCAAAAACUAGUCAAGGGUUGUCUGUUGUCUGCCAGUCUGACAUUAUAUUUUCCCAUCCUGGAGAUGAUGUCGUUCUGUCGUGUCAUCUUAAUCCGGCUGUCAGUGCUGCUUCAAUGGAGAUUCAGUGGUGGCAUAAGCAGGAUCCAGUUUUCCUUUAUAAGAAUAGACAGGUGACAGUGAACAUAGACUUUGAGGGUCGAGUGAGUCUCCCACUGCAAAAUCUACAAAAUGGAAAUUUGUCUUUGACUCUAAGAGACAUCAGGAGUUCACAGAAGGGUCUCUAUAUUUGUGAAGUCACCCAUGAAAGUCAGUCAAUACAAGAUACUGUUUUUCUCCAUAUCAGCUAUGAAGACUUUAGACUUGUCACUCCUGUUGGAACUGUAUCUGCUGACCCUGGAUCAGACGUCAUCUUACCUGUUCAUCUCUCUCCUGAAACCAGUGCUGUGUCUCUAGACAUUAGAUGGUUCAGAGGGACAGAGCUCAUUUAUCAUUACAUGAACAGAAAAGAGAAAACAAACUAUGAGAACCGAGUGAGUCUGUCCAUCCAGAAGCUAGAGACAGGAAAUCUUGCUCUGACUUUGAGAAACUUUCAGCCAGCAGAUUCGGGAGACUAUACAUGCAAAGUCUUUCAUGAUGGAUGUCUGCAGACAGGAAUAGUUCAUCUGCAAGUUAGAGAGAUUCAGAUGAGUGCUGAUGCUAGAUUGGUACAUCUCCACAAUGUGCUAAGAAAAGUACAGAAAGAUAUUCUGCAACACAAAGGACAAGUAUUACAGGAAACAUUAAAUUUGCUUCAAGAAACACUUUAUCAAUAUGAAAUGAGAAAUAAAGCCUUUGGCCCUACUCUUAGACAUUCAAACAGUAUGGAAGGAAUUCCUCCCUUCAUGAAAGAGGAGGACAUGCACCACAGACACAAAAUCGUGAAGAGAUAUGUGUUAAAGCGAAAUAUCUUUAGGAAACGUUCUUUAAGUUUACCAAUCAGUAAGUGUCACAAGUUGGUAUAUAAGAUGUAUGCAGUUGCUGUUUAA